UAGACUCGACCGCAGCAGAUUCUGACAUUCUUUCUCCCGCGUCCUCCAUAAUAAUAAUCCACGGCAACAACAGGGUACAGUAUACAGAAUAUGGCAGAGAAAACUAUGGAGUGAGAGACUAAAAGUUCACUUACAGUAGAGAGAGAAAUUCAAAUCUAGAGAGAGAAACGACUAGAAGAACAAGAAGAAGUUGAAGAAAGAAGACGUGUUUGAUUCGGUUUGGAACUUGAGGUAUCAAGAGGUGCCGUGUUUCCUUCCUCUGUAGAUUUUAGCAAUGACGGGAGUUCGAUAUGCGCUAGUGGUUGUUUUGUUAGUUUUAGGCGUUUUAGACUCAUUUUCGCUUGCGGCCAAUGUGACGUACGAUCAUCGGGCUCUGGUGAUCGACGGCAAGCGGAGAGUGUUGGUUUCUGGAUCCAUACACUAUCCUCGCAGCACUCCUGAGAUGUGGCCGGACCUUAUUCAGAAAUCUAAGGAUGGAGGUCUGGAUGUGAUUGAAACUUACGUGUUCUGGAAUCUACACGAACCUGUUCGAAACCAGUAUGACUUCGAGGGAAGGAAGGAUUUAGUUAAAUUCGUAAAGCUGGUAGGAGCUGCUGGUCUAUAUGUACAUAUACGAAUUGGUCCAUAUGUGUGCGCGGAAUGGAAUUACGGAGGUUUUCCAGUUUGGUUGCAUUUCGUAUCUGGCAUUAAAUUCCGCACAGAUAAUGAACCAUUCAAGGCUGAAAUGAAGCGAUUUACAGCCAAGAUUGUUGAUGUAUUGAAGCAGGAGAAAUUAUAUGCCUCUCAGGGCGGACCAGUUAUUUUAUCUCAGAUUGAAAAUGAAUAUGGAAACGUUCAGUCUUCUUAUGGAUCUGCUGCUAAAUCCUAUAUCCAAUGGGCGGCAACCAUGGCUACGUCUUUGAACACGGGAGUUCCUUGGGUUAUGUGCAACCAACCUGAUGCCCCCGAUCCCAUUAUUAACACUUGCAAUGGAUUCUACUGUGAUCAAUUUACGCCAAAUUCUAAGAAUAAGCCCAAAAUCUGGACUGAGAAUUGGGCUGGAUGGUUUCUUUCCUUUGGUGGAGCCUCGCCAUACAGACCCGUGGAAGAUCUUGCAUAUGCUGUGGCACGCUUUUAUCAGAAUGGUGGAACUUUACAGAAUUAUUACAUGUACCAUGGUGGGACAAACUUUGGUAGGACUACUGGUGGACCGUUUAUUUCUACUAGUUAUGAUUAUGAUGCCCCUAUAGAUGAGUAUGGACUGGUUAGGCAACCUAAUUGGGGUCACUUGAGGGAAGUCCACAAGGCUAUAAAGAUGUGCGAAGAAGCAUUAGUGAGCACAGAACCCGCAGUUAGUUCUCUUGGUCGAAAUUUGGAGGCGACAGUUUACAAGUCCGGUUCUCAAUGUUGUGCUUUUCUUGCCAAUGUGGAUACCCAAUCUGAUGCGACGGUGACUUUCAAUGGUAAUACAUAUCAUUUGCCAGCAUGGUCUGUUAGUAUCUUGCCUGACUGCAAGAAUGUGGUGCUCAAUACUGCAAAGAUUAAUUCGGUAACAACGAGGCCAUCCUUUUCAAACCAACCUUUGAAAGUUGAUGCUAGUGCUUCUGAAGCAUUUGACUCAGGCUGGAGUUGGAUAGACGAACCAGUUGGCAUCUCAAAGGAUAAUUCUUUUGCGAAACUUGGACUUUCAGAGCAAAUAAAUACUACAGCAGAUCAAAGCGAUUACUUGUGGUAUUCUUUAAGCACUGAUAUAAAAGGUGACGAACCUUUCCUUGAAAAUGGAUCGGAAACUGUCCUCCAUGUUGAAUCCCUUGGCCAUGCUCUUCACGUUUUUAUUAAUAAAAAGCUUGCAGGAAGUGGAAGAGGUGGUAAAGGCAAUUCUAAGGUUUCUUUGGAGAUCCCCAUCACACUGGUACCUGGGAAAAAUACAAUUGACCUCCUGAGUUUGACAGUGGGACUUCAGCAUUAUGGAGCAUUUUUUGAGACGAAAGGGGCAGGGGUCACAGGGGUAAAACUGGAAAGCCAAAAAAAUGGCAUCACUGUUGAUAUCUCUUCUGGACAAUGGACGUAUCAGAUUGGACUUAAAGGUGAAGAUUUAGGACUGUCGAGUGGAAGCUCUUCACAAUGGCUUUCACAACCAAGCUUGCCUAAGAAUAAACCUUUGACGUGGUACAAGACCACGUUCGAUGCCCCUGAUGGUAGUGACCCUGUUGCAUUAGACUUCACAGGCUUUGGAAAGGGCGAAGCAUGGAUAAACGGACAAAGUAUUGGCCGUUAUUGGCCAUCAUAUAUUGCCUCCGGUCAUUGUACCGCAUAUUGCAAUUACAGAGGAGCUUAUAGAUCAAGCAAAUGCCUUAAGAACUGUGGCAAACCAUCCCAAACUCUAUACCAUGUACCUCAAUCCUGGUUGAAACCUACUGGCAACACCCUAGUACUCUUUGAGGAAAUUGGCAGCGAUCCAACUCGAUUGUCGUUCGCUUUGAAACAGAUUGAAUCUGUGUGUGCCCAUGUAUCUGAGUCCCAUCCACCACCUGUAGAUAUGUGGAGCUCAGACACCAAACUACAGAAAUCAGGACCCGUACUCUCUCUUGAGUGUCCAUCUCCCAAUCAGAUCAUUUCUUCUAUAAAAUUUGCAAGUUUUGGGACUCCUCUUGGAACUUGUGGGAGCUUUAGCCAAGGUCAAUGCCGCAGCCAAAAUGCACUCUCCACUGUACAAAAGGCUUGCAUUGGAUCGAAAAGUUGUAGCGUUCAAGUGUCGAUUAAAGCGUUCGGCGAUCCUUGUAGAGGAAAAACAAAGAGCUUGGCUGUGGAAGCCUCUUGUGAAUAACAAGGUACGUACUAUGAUUACUACCGAUCAUCCUUGGGUAUUCCUUGUGUAACUAAAGGAAGAGAGGAAACUAAAAAUUAAAAAAUUAAAAAAUUAAAAAAAAAUUGAGAAAAAAAGACUUGAAGGGAACGAAAUUUAUCAGAAUUUGGUGCAUUAUAUCUUGCAAAAGGCUAAUAAACUCCAUCAAAAUGGAUCAAUCUGUAUAACAAUAAAGGUGAGUUCUUGGGAUAGAAAACUCUUCAAUUUCUAAUGCACAUUUCUAAGCUUCUGAAA